AUUGUUAUCGUCAGCUGAUUACGGCCAAAACAAUCACCGCCCACACUCUCCACUCAGGGACCACUCUCCAUAUCCCGCUUGAAAAUGGCCCACUUUCUACACUAUGCGACAAUAUGGCAUGACCAAGAAAAGGUGACACUGAUUUUGUGGAGAAAAGUGAAUGCAAACUAUGAAGAUGUUUAAAGAAAGUGAAGUAAUAUUUUAUGACCUAAAAUGGAAAGUUUUCCCUCAUAUUUAUGAUGAUAAACAUGAUAUGUGUUAAGACAUUCCUCCUUGACUCCCAAGUGAUUGUGAAUGAAAAUCUAAGUGCUACAGUCAGAUUUUAAAUUAGGUAAGAGUACGUAUAUGAGACUGAGCAGAUAUGUCAAACGAUGUGCAAGAACCUUUCAUUCAGAAGCCAUCUCCAAGACAACUAAAGACGUCAUUUGCAGCAUACAUCUUAAGGAUUCACUUCAACAAGAAGCAGCUGGUACUGCUGGGUAUACUAGCAUGUACCUGUGCAGUAGCCUUGGUCGUGGGCGUCACUGCUGGUUUGGCUCAAGGCGAUACCUCACAGCCAUCUACCAGUGGCAAGCCUGCAGAUGAUGCUUCAAAGUCACAUUUAUUUGAGUCAUGGGAUGACAAUACUAUUGAUGGUGAAUAUGUGUUAACUGAGCCUCCACCAUCACCAAGUGAGCUUGGUGAAUUUGAGUCGGCAGCAGUCAGUGCAGAUGGGCAGCCGUGUGCCCAGAUAGCCACUGAAAUUUUGCGGAAGAAUGGAAGUGGUGCAGAUGCUGCCAUUGCUGGGCUGUUCUGUGUUGGUGUGAUCAACACACAGUCGAUGGGCCUUGGUGGGGGUUUCUUACUGACAUAUUACGAGAGGUCAUCAGGCAAGGCAUACACUCUUGACGCCAGAGAGGUGGCACCAGCAGCAGCCUAUGAAGACAUGUACCAUGGAGAUGGACACUUGAUGGAGAAAGGGAGAAAGGGUUGGUGGAAGCAUAAGAAGGCAAGUUUAAAGGGUGGUUUAGCUGUGGCUGUCCCAGGAGAACUGCGGGGCUACCGAGAAUUAUACACAAGAUUUGGAGGGCGACUUCCUUGGCGUGAUCUCCUGGAGCCCACCAUAAAGCUGUGUGAGGAGGGACAUCUUGUCAACUGGCACAUGGCCAGGGCACUCAAGUUCAACCGCAUUGAUAUAAUGAGUGAGCCAAGCAUGAGUGUCUUCAUCAACCCUGAAACCAAUGAUGUAUACAAAGAAAAUGAUAUUUUGAAGAGACCACAGCUUGCUAAGACUUUGAGGAUUUUACAAGAAGACCCAGAUGGCUUGUACACCGGCCAGUUAGCUAAUAAACUGGCAGAUGACAUUCAGAAAUUUGGAGGCAUCAUUACUUCAGAAGACCUUCGAAACUACAAGCCAGAAUGGAAAGAAGCCAUGAAUGUAAGUCUGCAAAAUGGAGACCUGAGGAUGUUUUCAAUAGAGCCUCCUGGAUCUGGCCUCAUCCUGGGAUUCAUCCUUAAUAUUCUUGAUGAAUAUGGCUUCACACCAGAGAGUAUGGAUGAAGGACACAGAAUUCUUACUCACCACAGAAUCACAGAAGCCAUGAAGUGGGCAUAUGCCAAGCGGACUGAAUUAGGAGACGCAAAUUUUGUGGAUGUAACAGAGUUAGCCAAAAACCUGACUUCAGAUGUUUUUGCUAAGAACAUUCAAAGUCAGAUCACUGACAACCGAACCUUUCAAGAUCCGGAACACUAUGGUGCUGUGACGGCCAUUAAGGAAGACCAUGGAACUGCUCAUUUCUCUCUCUUGGCUCCUAAUGGUGAUGCAGUGUCUGUCACCAGUACUGUCAAUUUAUAUUUUGGUGCUGGGAUACGAUCAGAACAGACCGGCAUUGUCCUCAAUGAUGAGAUGGAUGACUUCUCAGCUCCAAACAUAACUAAUUAUUUUGGUUUGCCACCAUCACCAGCUAACUUCAUCAGGCCAGGAAAACGUCCCUUGUCAUCCAUGUGCCCAGCAAUAUUUGUUGAUACUGAAGGUGAUGUGCGGCUCGUCAUUGGUGCAGCUGGAGGGACAAAGAUCUCGUCGGGUGUGGCUUGGGCUUCAAUGCACAACCUUUGGUUGGGUGACAACAUCAAGGAAGCCAUUGAUGCUCGCAGGAUCCAUCACCAACUUUUCCCAAUGACACUUGGCUAUGAAGAUGGAACAAUAAGUGAAGUUACUGAUGGUCUGAAGGAGCUGGGCCACAAGGUGGAGAAGUUCAGUGUGGGAGGGUCGGUGAUCUGCGGCAUUGCACGCCAGAAUGGAAAAAUUUAUGCUAAUUCUGAUUUUAGGAAAGCAGGUGAAGUGGAUGGAUUUUAAAAAGUAUGGUUAAAGUAAUGCAUUUAAUUGACUUUUUAUCAUAAUAAACAAUUUUUAAUGUUUUAAUUUGAAUGAUCAAACUGUCUAUAAAAUUACAGUGAAUUUUGACUCGGACAGUAUUAUUGUUAAGAUAUUUGUAGCAGUUAAAGUAUAUAUAUAUAUAUAUAUAUAUAUAUAUAUAUAUAUAUAUAUAUAUAUAUAUAUAUAUAUAUAUAUAUAUAUAUAUAUAAAAUUCAGGGACUCAGUCUUGUAAAUAAAUGUUUUAUCUGACUCUUGCUUUGGUUUCCAUCCUUCAAACAGUUUACAGAAUUUAUUUAACCAGAAUCAUUAAAGGCCCUCUCAAAUAAGCAUACACUGUCUGCAGACAGAAGCCAGAAAUAUCAUCAGUGACACUGUAGCUAGUAGCUACAGACAGAUCUCAUGAUGCAGAGCAAGCAAGCACACCAGCACUGUCUGUCUGUGGUCCAUGGAGUGACUCCUUUACCAGGCAAUCUAUAGAAACCAAGCUUCUUGCUAGAAUACAGUCAGAAAUGUUUAUAUAAGAACAAAGAAGAAUAUCUAUAUGAAGAGCAUAUUACAGUUAAUAAAGAUGCUUUCUGAUAAACUUGCAAUACUAAGCAGUAACACCCAUGAACUAAUUUUUUAUUGGGCAGGAAAUUUCACUGUGAAUCCCAAUAUUGUGGAGUUGUAUGUGAAAGUAAAACAUUAUAUUACGCUCAGAACAUUCAGGGACAACUGAAUGGGGAUGCUAGGAUUGAGGGUGAAAGUGAAAGAAAGACAUCUGUUACCUUCAGCAUCCACAAAUAUAGUAUGUAAAUGUGGUCAAUAAUGUGUCAGGACAUAGAAGUUGUCAGGAUACAAAAUUUCAGUGUUUUUGUUCUCUUUCUUCAUGCAUGUGGCUAUUUCUAGGCAGUAUAGUGCUACACUGCUCCUGUCAUUCUUUUGCUGUACCAUCAUGAAAUUACUGUACCACACCAAACAUUGUCAGACAGCCUUCACUUGGCUGCAGCCAGACUCACACUGACCAAACACCUCAAUGAUUAUGCAUCUAAUGAUUUCUAUGUUCCAAGUUGCCUGAGAAUGCAGUCCAUCUGGCUGCCAUCUGGGUCGUCUCAACCACAUCCUGCUGUUUUGUUGAGUAAUUUGAAUUUGUUGUCUGUUCAUUGGGGUGGGGACUUGCCUUGUUAUGGGUUAACAUAUAGGGGUCAUCACUUCUGUGAUUGUUUAACCACUCCUGGACUUAAGCAGUACCUAAUUGAAACAGUUUUCUUGCAUCAGACAAUAUGUUAAAUCUUAUACUGACUAGUGAAGGUGAUAGACUAGAUGAGGUUCAGCUAAUUCCCCCUUUCCUGAACAAUGGACAUAGGCCAGUUCUUUGAAAUAAAGGUUCAUAUAAUAAGUAGUUAUCUAUGUUCUAUUGACUGGAAUAAUGAAUUUCUU